AUGCUGAUGGAAUGGACUCAGCUGCGCCCCGACCGACCGUUGUCUAAGCAGCACCUCAUGGACCAGCUAAGGUUUGUGAAAAGAACAAAAAAGAUUACCGACAUCGAAUUUGAUGAGAUAAAGGCUCGGCUCGGAAGGGACGGAUUGCUCGUGACGGCUGGCACUGACAACGCUGUGCCUGCGGAGCUGCCGGAGGCGAAUGCUUUGGGUGAGUCUGGUGCGUCGAUCCUGGUGCCUGGUUCGUGUGACGGCAUGGUGACUAGCCCAGACGUUGCUGAGGCCACCCACAUGCACAGUGAGUUGCUGGACGCUUCUGUUGAUGGUUUGCGUGGAGCUAGUCCUGACACCUCAGUUACAUCAGGUGGUUCGGGUGAUGGCACUGGCGCAGCAAUGCAAACUGGCACCAACGCUAGUGACACCCUGGGUGCGUUCGAGCCAGAUAGUACACCACUCUACGCCAAACUUGUUGAAAUCUACGAACAGUGCGGUGCAACUACUCCAGAGUCCAGGUCGAGCCUACCAGUACCUAGGCACGUGGCCAGGAAGUCUCUGGCCUCUGCCACUGCCCGUGUGAACAAGAUACUCCCUAGACUCCUGGAGUGUGACCGUGAGGUGCGAAAUGACACCACCUCGCUUGGCCAGAUCAGUGACAUGGUCUAUGCUGGGGCCAAGCUUGUACUCUCACUGCUGGAUAUCAAUACAGAUGGCACCCCUGACACAACUAGAGGAGAACGUUCCUUGCCUGCCUGGCGACAACGCCUUGAAAAACGUGUUUGUGCACUGAGGGCUGACGUCUCCCGGCUGACCAGCUUCCUGCGUGAUGGAUCCCUCUCUGACACCAACAUCAAGCAGCACAGGAUCCACCGGCAAUAUAAAGUCCAGACUUUGGAUCAGGCCCGCCAGCUACUGGAGCAUACGAAAAUGCAGCUAGAAGCAACAGCCGCACGGAUCCGGCGCUAUAAGCUAGAGGCAACACGCAGGUCGGAGAAUCGUGUUUUCGUCACGAAUGAGCGUCAGUUCUACCGCAAUAUGACCAAGUCUACGGAAAUGCCUGGGCAGCCACCUGUCGACCAGGCUGCUGCGCAUCCAUCGGCUGAGGCUGUUACUGAGUUCUGGUCAUCUAUACUGGAACAACCCGUGGAGCUGCGUGGCGGUGCUUGGCUUGAUAAUUUGGAGAGGGACUGUGAGGAGAUUCAACAACAAGACCGUGUCAUUCUUGAACUGGAGGACCUCAGGGACAUCUUGAAGAAAUCAAACAACUGGAAAGCCCCAGGACGGGACAAGAUCCAUGCAUUUUGGUGGAAGAAGUUUUCGUCUAUCCACGAGCGGCUUGUGGUCUCCUUUCAAUCAAUCCUGGAUGCAGAGACAGAGUCGCCGGCCUGGUUCUCGUUUGGUAUCACCACUCUACUGCCUAAGAAAGGAGACCUUUCUAGGCCCGAGAAUUAUCGCCCAAUAACAUGCCUGCCAACGAUUAGCAAGAUAUUCACAUCCUUACUCGCUGCUGCCAUGUGGCGCCAUCAAGAGUCCAUAACCCCCCAGAGUGUGCAACUCCAGGUUGGGGUCUGGCGCAACGAAAUCCAAACAUUCUCGAGCUAUCUACCAUGCUACGAACAUUCAAAGAAGAACGCAUUACUAUUCGUAAGCCUCCAGUUCGAGCGAUAA